AGCUCCCCCUUCCCAAUCAAAGAAGCGCAGUGAAGAUGCAGCAGAGGUGUUUGGGCGUGCUCUGUUUGCUCCAUCUUCUACUGCUUCGCUCUUGCGCGGGGAAGGUCCCGGUGAUCAUCGUGUUCGGCGACUCCACCGUGGACUCCGGCAACAACAAUUUCAUCAACACUGUCGUGAAGUCCAACUACGCGCCCUACGGCCGCGACUUUGACGGUGGAAAGGCGACGGGAAGAUUCUCCAACGGUCGACUGGCCACGGACUUCAUCUCCCAAGCCUUCAACCUCUCCCCCACAGUUCCACCUUAUCUCGAUCCAUCUUACGCCAUCAAGGACUUCGCCCACGCCGUCUGCUUUGCCUCUGCUGCCUCCGGCUACGACUACGCCACUUCCAACGUCGCCUCUGCCAUUCCGCUGUGGAAGCAGCUGGAAUACUUUAAGGAUUACAUAGGGAAGCUGCGGAGCUAUCAAGGGGAGGCGAAGGCGACGGAGACGAUAAGGGAGGGUCUGUACAUCAUAAGCAUGGGGACCAACGAUUUUUUGGAGAACUACUAUGCGGUGCCCGGCAGGUCUUCAACUUUCACUGUGGAUGAGUACCAGAACUUCCUCAUCGGAAUCGCAGGGAGGUUUGUGGAAGAGAUCUAUGCCCUGGGAGCUCGGAAGAUUGACCUCACCGGGCUGCCGCCCAUGGGCUGUCUCCCGCUGGAGCGCUCAAUCAACUUCCCGCCGUCUCUGUCUGACGAGUGCAAGCAGGACUACAACAGGGUAGCACGAGACUUCAACUCCAAGUUGAAUAUUUUGAUGGAUAAGCUUGACAAGGAAAAGCCGGACAUCAGCCUGGUUUAUAGCAACAUUUAUGAUUUCUUCGACGCAGUUCUCAAAAGUCCAUCUUCUUACGGGUUUGAAGUGGCGGAAGUAGGUUGUUGUGGUGCCAGCGGGCGGUUGGAAAUGGGCUACUUCUGCAAGUUUCCAUUAACAUGCAAAGAUGCGAGCAAGUAUGUGUUUUGGGAUUCCAUGCACCCCACGCAGAAGAUGAAUAAACUAAUCGCUGAUUAUAUCGUCAACACCACCUUGGCUCGUUUUAUGUGAAUGCGUAGAUAGAUACAUA